GACGUUAACUAUUUUCGAUAGUGCAACAAACUUGGGUUUUGUUAAGCAUCAUGCAGUUGUUUUCAGAAUGUCUGCUAAUUAAUUUGGUAUUCAUCAUAACUGCUUUGGCAUACAGUGACGCACGUUGCUCAGGGAAUACAUGGGUCAGUUACACUUGCUACAAACCUCAACAAUGGAAGACAACACACUACCGCCGAUGUGGAUGGCUUUUGCGCAAAAGAUGUAUUAAAUAUGUAACGUACUAUUACAGAUAUAUCAAGAGAACUUGCUACAGAUACCAAAAAUGUCGAAUCGUUGAUAAUUCAGUAAAUGGUGGAUGGAGUUCAUGGGGGUCUUGGACAGUAGGUAAAUGUUCUGCAUCAUGUAGAAGAUGUGGAGCAUCCCAGUAUCCACAUCAGAGGCGCUAUAGAUAUCGUAGUUGUAGUAAUCCAAAGCCGAGAAAUGGAGGACGUAAUUGUAUGGGUUCUUCUUAUCAAUACACGAAUAACAAUUGUAAUACUAAUUACUGCAAAGUAAAUGGUGGAUGGAGUAGUUGGAAACCUUUGGAAAGCUGGGGGAAAUGUUCUGCGAAAUGUAAAAGAUGUGGAUCGUUCUCAAACCCUAACCAAACUAGACGUCGAUACAGGGUUUGCAACAAUCCCGCACCUGCAUGUAAUGGAAAUUCAUGCUCUGGUUCACGGUAUAUUACAUCAUCAAAGUCUUGUAAUACACAUUACUGUAGAGUAAAUGGUGGAUGGAGUAGUUGGAAACCUUUUGAAAGCUGGGGGAAAUGUUCUGCGAAAUGUAAAAGAUGUGGAUCGUCCACAAACCCUAACCAAACUAGACGUCGAUACAGGGUCUGCAACUAUCCCGCACCUGCAUGUAAUGGAAAUUCAUGCUCUGGUUCACGGUAUAUUACAUCAUCAAAGUCUUGUAAUACACAUUACUGUAAAGUAAAUGGUGGAUGGAGUAGUUGGAAAACAUGGGAAAGCUGGGGGAAAUGUUCCGUUACGGAGUUACCGAACCCUCACCAAACUAGACGUCGAUACCGAGUUUGCAACAACCCUACACCUGCAUGUAACGGAAAAUCAUGCUCUGGAUCACGUUAUAUCACAUCAUCAAAGUCUUGUUACACACCGGACUGUUCGGUAAAAGAAUUAUGGGGAAAAUGGACAAAGUGGACAAAAUGUACACCUGAAUGUCACAAAGGUGAAGCAAAAAUGACACAGACAAGAUCCAGAAAGAGACUUUGUAAUAUACCUACGCCCCCGUGUACAGUACAACCUUGUUUUGCGUCAGAUUCUGAAAAAUCAACUAAAGAAUGCAAAAAUAAAGACAUUCGAGUAAAUGGAAGUUGGGGAUUAUGGGGAAAAUGGACAAAGUGGACUGAAUGUGUACAUGAAUGUCGCAAAGGAGGCGUAAAAACACAGUCACGAUCCAGAAAGAGACUUUGCAAUAGUCUACCACCCUCAUGUAAAACAAAACUAUGUAAUGGAGCAGACUCGGAAAUUUCAACUCAAGUAUGCAAUAAACAAAAAUUUCCAGGUUCUGGUAAAUGCGGCGAUGAAGCUAUGAAUUUAGCCUGUUCGAUUUUAAAGAAUUCGAAUAUCACACUGAAGAAGAGCCAUUCAUCUGGAGCAGACGACAGAGCAUAUCCAUUUAAUAAUAUCAAUGACACGUGCAAUGGAGAAAGAGCUGAAAGAUCAGCAUAUGGGUGUACGGAAAGUAAGUAUGUUCCAGCGCCUGGCGGAUCCGUAUGUCUUAACAAAGACCUGCUGCAAUAUGUUCAUGAUUUAGGCAGAAAUGGGAAAAUUAUUGUGAAUGAGCUUGCGGGUGCGUGUCAUAUGGUGUGUUCUUGGCAUUAUGAAGGUAGAGCUGCAGAUUUGCAUUUGCCUAAGGGCAGUCACCGUGAGACAUAUUUUACAAGGGCAUGUAAGAGUUACAAUAAAGGAGAAGUUCAUAUAGGGGAUACUCACCAUCAUUGUGAGAUAGAAUUUUGAAACGGACAAUCUUGUACCUGCUGUGUAUUAUUUGAGAUAAAUAAAAAAAAAAAUCU